AUGGCACUGAACUGGCCACUAUCCCUGGCAGGUAGCUGGAAGCUUGGACCUCCUGGGCUGCCCGCGGGUCACGGAGCCGGGCCGCCCUCCGGCCUGCGCGCGCACCGCGGGCACCGGGCGUCCUCCUUCCGGGGCGUCCUUCUGCUGACGCUGCGACUACAGCCCCCAGAAUGCACCGGGCCCGCGACCCCGCGGAGCCCUUUUCAAACGGACCAAUGGGCAGCCCGCGCCGCCGGCGCCGCGUUUAAACCCUUGGCGGAGGCGCAUCGGGCGUCGUCGGCCGCGGCGGACAUUGUUCUUUUGGUCGAUGAAAAAUUUGACUUCGAUCUUUCAUUGUCAUCUUCAAGUGCAAAUGAAGAUGAUGAAGUCUUUUUUGGACCUGUUGGACAUAAAGAAAGAUGUAUCGCUGCCAGCUUAGAAUUAAAUAAUCAGAUUCCUGAACAGCCUCUUCUGCCAGCAUCUGAAGGUCACUUUACUUGGAGCCCUCUCACUGGCGAAAAGUUUGUGGAAGUGUAUAAAGAAGCUCACUUAUUGGCUUUACAGAUAGAAAGCAGCAGCAGAAAGCAAGCGGCCCAUGCUGUUGAGCCCGAAGACCCCUGGAGCCAGGAUGUGGAAAGAUUCAUCCAGGAAUCAAAAUUAAAAAUAAACCUCUUUGAAAAAGAAAAGGAAACAAAGAAAAGCCCCACGUCACUUAAAAGGGAGACAUACUACCUGUCAGACAGCCCCUUGAUGGGGCCAUCGCUCUUGGGAGUCUGUCCCCCUCCCAGUGAGGCCCUGCUUCCCGACUCCUCCUUGGCCCUUCCAGGUGCUCCUGCCCAGGCCAGCUGUGCCCAGACACAGGGGCCACUGCAUUCUUCUCAUUCUUUGCCUGGGGUAGUGAGUACUGCUCAACCUCCAGAUCAGGCAGUGACUCAGAAGAAGGUCACCAGCAAAUUGCAGCUGCCCCGAACUUCGUCUGUUAGAGCAAAAAACAUUCACUCGGGCAUGGAGAAGCGCAAGAAAGAGAUACCAGCUAGUCCUUCCAGGAUGAAAAUCCAAAAUGAAAAGGGAUCCCACAGGGAUGUUCUCCCUGACAAAGCCAGCACUGCUCUGGAUGCUGACGGCUUCCCAGCUGGAGGAAGCCACUUGGUCCAAGGCAAGCGAUCGCUCCCUGUUCCAAACAAGUUGGGGCUGAAGAAGAGCCUGUUAAAGCCACCUGGCUGCACUGGCAAUCUUGCAAGGAAGUCCUCUUCCUCAGGGUUGGUUUCGAGCAUGACGUCCAGGGAGUGUGCGUCUCCAGCAGUCAGUACAGCUAAAUCAAAUGGAUUUGCCGGUAUUCCUGCAAACAGUUGCCGGCCUCUGUCAGACAUCAGCAAGUCAGGCAGGACGGGCCCCACCACUGCCGACCCUGCAGGUGGGUCCUGCAGCCAAACCAAGUGGGUCACUGCCGCUGAGCGGACAGUGGAGCGAGCCAGGGCGCCCACCACAGCUCUUCGCCUGCAACCCCAAACUCCGGGAAGUGGAGGCCCGAGGCUGGACUGUACUGCCAUUUUGUCAGAAUCUUCUCAAUGGAAUAAAACUGGGAGCAUAAGAAGGCAAGAUUCCUGUCUAAAUUCCAAGACGAAGGUUAUGCCUACCCCUGCAAACCAAUUUAAAAUUCCCAAGUUCUCUAUGGGGGAAUCCCCAGACACUGCAACACCAAAGUUCUCCAGGGCACAAAGGCCACAGUCGUGCACAUCAGUUGGGAGGGCCACUGUCUGUGGCACUCCUGUGAGACGGUCAUCAGGGCCAGCUUUGCAAAGCCUGUCAGGCAGCCUGAGGACCCCCAUGAGUGGGAAAUGUGCCUCGGCCUUGCUCACGCCUGCCAGCCGGCGCCUCUCCAACUUUCCACUGAUGACCCCCAAAACCAUGCCCAGGGUUGUGGCCUCUUCCCUGUGUGUGCCCGCUCGGCGACUUUCUUCUGAGCCCCGGAAAAAAUCUGUAGUGAGAACUGAACCAACAAGGGAGAGCAAUAGAAAGGUUGAUUCCAGACAGGCCGACUUGUCACCAGACGGAAGCUUUUCUCCUCCAUCCGCUGUGCCGCAGGCGCUGAAAUUUUCUCCAGAAAAGAGUGAUAUCACUUGUUCAAAGAGCAUCGCCCCAGAAGCAGCUCUGGGUGGGGCAGUUCCAAGGGAAGAGACACCCCCUGGAGAAGCUCUUCUUAUAGAUAUCAAGAUGGAUCAGCUUACCAUCAUUCCAGAAUCUGAAAGCAAACCCCUCGUAGACCUCCCUCUCAUCGACUUCUGUAGUACCCCUGAAGCAAGUGCAGCUUUGGGCUCUGAGAGCAGUCCUUUGAUCGACCUCAUGAUAAACACUCCAGACAUGAAUAAAAACACUGCAUCAAAACCUUUCCAGGUAGUGGGACAGCUCAUAGACUUGGGCUCUCCUCUGAUCCAGCUGAGUCCCGAGGCCAACAAAGAAAACGUGGAUUCACUGCUCCUCAUGUUCUGAGCAGAGGCAAAUCCUGUUCAUUUCAUUCUUUUUAAAAAGAAUAGUUAGUCCUAAAGUGGAUUUCAACCCGUAGAAACAAAUCUUGGGAAAAAUUUUGAGAAAGAUAAAAAAAGCCCAAAUACAGUGACUGUGCCUGGAGGGCUGGGCUGAGGAGUGCGGAGGUUUCAGAGUAGAUGGCCGAGGUCUCUGCUGCCCUCAGCUUGCCUCCCUGCCUUUACUUUGCGCUGGACUGCGAAGCUGAUGUCACUCUAAAUUAAGAACUUUGUUUUGAAUCUUUUGUAUGUAAAAUAGCAAGUGGCCGUUUUUAAGGUUAAGUGUCUAUGAAGUUAAUACCUGUAUUCUAGAUUUAAGUUAAAUGGUAAAAUAAAUGAAAUUGAAGUGUGUCUUGAUUUUCAAA